ACACAAGUCACUGCGCCGACUGGGAAGCAUCGUCUCACCUGGAUUACCUCCCAGUGGUUCCAGUUCCAGUUGGCUCGAGCCGACUUGUUUUUCCAAAGAUGCGCGUUUUUUCUUGAGCGGACCAGAAACUCGUCUCUCUCGUCUCUUUUACAUCUUUGAGGAAAAACAGCUGUUUAGUUUUCAAGGCAGGACUUUGAUGCCAAACUGAGAAACAAUGAACAAGAACGGAAUUGUGACAGAAAUCCACACAAGGAUAAGGAAAGAUCCCUUCGCGACCAGUUACGAGCUGGUGGGGAAAGAACUGGGCAGGGGAAAGUUUGCAGUGGUGAAGAAGUGCCUUGAGAAGGCAACAGGGAAGCAGUUUGCUGCCAAGUUCCUGAGAAAGAGACGAAAGGGAGCGGACUGCCGCAUGGACAUCUUGAACGAGAUCGCUGUGCUGGAGUCAGCCAAGGCCAACCCCUAUGUGGUGGGACUGCAUGAGGUCUACGAAACCAGCUCCGAAAUCAUCCUCGUUCUGGAGUGCGCUGCCGGCGGCGAGAUCUUCGACCAGUGUGUGGCCGAUAACGACGAGGCUUUCACAGAGAAAGAUGUAAUACGACUAGCCAAGCAGAUCCUGAACGGAGUGGCCUUCCUGCACCGAAACAAUGUGGUUCAUCUGGAUCUAAAACCUCAGAACAUCUUACUGACCAGUGCCAGGCCUCUGGGCGACAUUCGGAUCGUUGACUUUGGCUUGUCCAGACGCAUGGACAGCAUCACAGAAGUCAGGGAGAUCCUGGGUACCCCAGAAUACGUGGCACCAGAAAUCCUGAGCUACGAGCCCAUUAGCACUGCUACAGACAUGUGGAGCAUUGGAGUACUGAUCUACGUCAUGCUGACGGGCGAGUCGCCCUUUCUAGGUGACAACAAGCAGGAGACGUUCCUCAACAUCUCCCAGGUCAACGUAGACUAUUUGCAGGACACGUUUGAAGGGAUCUCUUCCCUGGCUGUUGACUUUAUCAAGUCACUGUUGGUGAAAAACCCCAGGAAGAGAGCCACUGCAGAAGAAUGCCUCAAUCACUCCUGGCUGAACCCGCAUCCCCACUCCCACCCACACCUCCACAUGAGGUCCUCGUUGGACGAGCACGAGAUGAGCCAGUCCGAGUCGGAGCCCGAGAGCCCCGCUUCGUCCCCCGAGCCGGGCCUAGUCGUCGGACCUUACCUCAUAUGUCCGAGGAAAGGCGAGCUGAAGGCGGGUCGCGACGCCUUCGCUUUCGGCGAGACCCCGUUCCUCACACGGCCUGAAAUACCGCAGGGGAUGAUCUGCUGACCCACACUGUAGUAGUAGAGACUCGAUGAAUUCAAACUCAACGGAGCAGAUGCUGGGAGCCAGUGAAGCCCGCAGGUUCUGGUUUCCUCCGGAACCAGGACCGUGCUCUGUGGCUGCUUUCUGCCAGGCUGCCUUUACUGCUGUGACGUCUUUGAGCUGAGCUACUUGUGGUUUGAUACCUCCAUGGAUUUGAACGUUUGCUACUCUGUGCUCAUUUGAGCAUUUGCACGGGUGAAGUAUGAAGAUUGAAGUAAAAAUAAAAAAGUGGGAUAUGAUGCAUAAAGACUUUGCUGCACGACUGCACUGCAACAGAAGUGAAUAGGGUUCAGCUUAACUCUGUUUAGUUCCCUUCUGCACUGAUGUCUUUUCACCCCGUUAGCCUAUUGAGCUGGGUUUCAAAGUAGAAAUGGGAAUACUUAGAGAAAAAUAACUCCAUUUAUUAAAUAACCUGUACAUACUUUCAAAGAUGGCUCCAUUUUUAAGAAAGGAAUGACGACAGAGUGCAGCGCGUAUGCUGAAGCCAGAUACGAGACGUCUCACUGUUUUAUAUGUUUAUUUAUGAGUUGUAUCAUCUCUGCUACAUAAUGUUUAAAGUCACAAAUGCCUUCGUAUAAGGUUGGUGUAGUAGCAUUCUUUAUUUUUUACGGACAAUCUUGAGCACUUUGGAUUUAGUUAUUGGUUGUCUGGAUAAGUUUGAAACUAAAGGUUCAUGAAGCGUAGUACUGUACAGAACUGUCCUCCAUCACCCAAACACCACGUAUAUCUAGUUUUCCCCCUAAUCU